AGUUGUUUCGUCAUCGCAAGUUGGCAUCAGUGUGUAUGUUUUGUGGUUGGCAUGUUUACAUUUCCAAACAAUAAAAAAAUACUUUUAAAAUUUAAAAAUGAUAAGCUUUAAAUGUAAUUUGCACAGUAAAACUGCAAAAGAAAAUAUAUCUGUUCAAGCUGAUCUUGCCAACUGGGGCUCAUACAGAGCUGGAUUAGAUGAGUUCAAGAAAAGCAUAAAUGCAACUCUGACAAAGCUUGUCGAUUCCGAGAAAUCUGAAGGAAAUUCCAAAAUGACUCAGGAUGCUGACAGUGAAGCAGAAAGUUCAGAUGAAGAGGAUGGCCCAAGCCUCAAAAGACCCUUGAGCUCUCCUAUGGACAAAGCUUCUAAACAAUUGAAAACGUGACUGUAUUUAACUGUAUAAUAAUCUUGUUGCUGUGAUAUAAACUCAGUUGUUUGAAAUAAAUUUUAUUAGAAAACUAGCCUACUAUGUAUCAUA